AUGGGAAAGGCCAGCGCCUUGCGGAAGGAGAAACUUCAACUCAAGGCGUUUUCCGACAGCGAUGAGGAGGAGUCGGAAGAAAGUUUUGCUCCCGAAACACUUAGGCGAAACCCCUUCGCAAUCGAGGCCAGCGAGGAAGAUGAGUUCGAAGAGGGCGAGCGUUUUUUGGGUCACGAAGGACCGGUUGAAGACGUGGAGAUAUAUCUGGCACCCAUGACGGAGCCUGCCGGCCGACAGCGACAAGCAAGGGCUCCGAGGCUUGAUCCAAAGUUGGACGUUGAACGAGGCGUUUCCGCGGGUUGCGAGAAGACUAAGAGCAAAGAGUUAUCGGCAAGGGAGGAACUGUUUACUUUGAGUCAAAAAUACUUCAGUGUGGACCAGGAUGUGAAAUCUAGUCGUGGCACUAUUGCUUUGCAGUACAACAUGUGGUUAUUACCUAGCAGUAGUCUAAUGGAGGACUUGAAAAAAGCAAAAUUCGGCAAUUUGCACUGGGAGAACUACAAUCCGGAAGAUGAACUCUAUUUCAAGAUGAAGACGACGCGGAGUACUCCGGCGGAUAAGUGGUAUAAUUGGGAACCAACGGAACGUUAUCUGGUGACCUGGAAGGUGGUGGAGAUGCUCGUGGGCACCAGCAAUAUCAGCGGUGUGUUCGAUUUUGUCCACACGCAUCCGUAUCACCCUGCGGCGAACUUAUGCAUCGCUGAGUACUAUGUACAGACGGACCAAUUCGACACCGCACACAAGUUUAUAGAGCGGGCGCUAGCUUCGUUCCAGUAUGGGUUGUCGCCAAACUUGCAGUUUCAUAAAGCCCCCCAAAAACGACAUCGCCUCCAAGACCUCGACUUGAGGAACGUGGCACAGGCUCUCUCGGUGCUUGGCGACGACCUGGAGGUUGUUUGGGACCAUGGCACAAACCAAAACGGGGAUAUACAGCCCAAGACUCAAAGGCAGAGAGAAAGCGAUAUUAGAGCUGCUCUCUCCAUUCCCGAAAACGGCAACCUCCUGUUCAUAAAAUGCCUGCACAUGUACGGCUGGAGUCUCUUCCAGAGAGGCAUCCAUCGAGUCGCACUUGAGAUUUUCAGAUUUCUCAACGUACUCACCCUCGGCAACGAUCUGAGCCACUCAUUGCUGGUUAUCAGUGAAACAAUGAUCCGAGCCAAAGAGCAUGAUAUGUUCCACAACUACAACCGAAAGUAUUUCGAAGCGACCCAAGACGUUGUAUACACCCAGUACGACGGCCUGUGUCUGCUAGGAAAUGAUCGGAGUCCCGACGACCGAAGUCCCGACGACCGAAGUCCCGACGACCGAAGUCCCGACGACCGCAGUAGCCCGGUGGAAGCCUGCAGCCCGGCCGAAACCAGGGCUGGCGAGGAGCCUUCACAACCAGGACUUGCCUUCACGGGGCUGCUGGAGUCGGUGCUUCCGAGUUUCCUUUUCGGCCGCGUAACGAUUUUGCUGCGCGACGGAGGACUGCGAGCGACGGCCGAGUUGACCGCGACACAGGCGGUGCUGGAGGACAUUUCGUUGGCCGACUUUGACCAGUACAUCUUGUCUCGUGCGCACGCGCAGGUCCCAAAGCCGACCCCGGCCCUGACCCCGACGCCGACCCCACCGUCAUUGCGAGAGGCAUGUCUGGCGUUGAUGUACAGUCUGUGGCAGUACCCGCAGUUUGUCGCGAUGGUGCGGACGCGGAAGCGGGUAAGUGCGCCGGGAGCGCAGGUGGGAGCGAGCACGGCGGAGUUAGAGACUGCUUUGGCGACGUUAGCUUUGUUCAGUCCGCACUUUUACGUGGACGGAUUCCGGCGAUUGCGCUACCGCUUGUUGGAGGCGUACGUUAUGCAAUCUGCGGAGUACUGGAUGGAUUACUAUGAUGGGUUGCUACUGCCCGUGGCACUUAAGACGGGCACCUUUGCCGCGCUGCAUCACCAGUUCCCCAUUCAGGUCGAAACACUCGUAACCGCUGGUUUUAGCGCACAUGCACAGUUCAUGAAACAGUACCAAGGUGUCCGACCCUCAGAAUUUGACGGUCAAAAAUUCGUUAUUGCUGACGCCCUACUCAAUUCAGGCACUGAAAGCGUCGGCACACACCGCGGCUUUCUCCAAACCCUCAUGCCAUGGGCCACCCUCGACUAA